UUCUUAUUAUAUGCAGAAAAAAGAGAGAAAAAUGGCUUCUUCGAGCUCUUCAAACUUCCCAUGUGCAGCCUGCAAGUUCUUGAGGAGAAAAUGCAUGGCGGAUUGCACUUUUGCACCAUAUUUCCCACCCGAAGAACCCCAGAAAUUCUUCAACGUUCACAAAAUAUUCGGGGCAAGCAACGUUAGCAAGCUGAUCAACGAAGUAGCACCGCAUCAAAGACAAGACACGGUGAACUCGCUCGCGUACGAAGCCGAGGCGAGGUUAAAAGAUCCAGUUUACGGCUGCGUCGGAGCCAUCUCGGUUCUCCAGAGACAGGUGAUGAGGCUGCAAAGGGAGUUGGAUGCCAUUCGUGCUGAUUUAAUCCGAUACUCCGCCGCCUGCGGUGAGAUGCAGCCACCAACAACAGUGGGGACUUGUUUUGAUCAUAAUGCAGGUAAUUCUUACUGUCCUGAUUCUCUGUGGAAUGAGCCUUAUGGAGACAAUGGGGGAUCAUAUGGUGGAAGCCUGUGAUAUGGAUGAAGCAGCAUGUUGUAAUUAAAUAAGCAAAAAACAAAAUUUAUUGGUGGGAACUGGCAAGUCCCCAUUUGGAUUCGAUUUAGGGUUUUCUAGUUAUGGAGUUCGAUAAAAGUCCCAUG